AUGCGUAUUCACUCUUACCUUAAAAAACUCAAGCGGAACAGAGUAAAACUGUGUUUAUCCGUGGAUUGGGACCUGAUCAAAUGCUCGACUGACCCUGAACAGCGGGUUCCCGAAGGAAACGUGCCAAUAGGGCGAUUCCCUUGGCUGGGUGUCAUCCAGCAUACUUUUUACAUGGGCGGUAAGGCGAGGUACGCUGUGACCAGUGGAACCCUGAUCCACCCCGUGUACGCCAUCGCUGCUGCCGAGGACAUUGCCAGGAUUCCAAGAGAAACCAUAUUGAACAACACGAAGUUCAUAUUAUGGCACAGUGAGACAACAAAGUAUGCUAUCGAGGUCCAGGACUACCUCCUCCACCCGGAGUACGAGGAGAAGGUGACCUUCGCGACCCUGGCGCUGGUGGAGCUCAUCACCAACGGAGAAACUGGCUUCAGCUCUUACCCAUCGGUGGUUCUACCUAUAUGCUUGCCAUUGUCUGGUGCCGGCACUUACGACCAGCUGUUCUCUGUCAGGAUUACUGAUGACGGAGGUGAAUUGCACAAAGAAGCAACCAAGGUGAAUUAUGUUGGGAACAAGGACUGUGAGGAGUAUUACUAUCAGAAAGGGUUGACAUACGAAAUGAUGAAACCGAGAAGACCUCUAUGCGCAGUGGCCACUUCUCAGGGCGCACCGUGCGUGUGGGACGCGGGUUCGGUGCUCAUCACGAGACAGUCUUGGGGCCACUGGAUGAUAAUAGCCUUCAGCAUGAGAGGUCCCGGCUGCGGCGCGCCUGCGCGUUACGUCACUAUGCACGACUUCCUACCCUGGAUUGAUGACGUCAUCACCAAGACCAACCCUGACGAGCAGGAGAGGACAGUGAAGAUGUACUUCCGAAGGCAGUCACCUGUCGCAUUCACAAUGUACUCCGCUGACCUGAAGAUCCCGAAGGAACACGGGCAGUGCUCGGACAAGAAGGCGAGGGGGGGCGUACUUUUUAAAGAAAGCUCCGAAGUAUUCUCCACCAAGAAUUUCGGACAAGGAUUUUAUUAUAUGUCUGUAUUGCAAGCGGCUUCAGUAAUGUGCGUCCAGGUAUCCCUGGAGGUGACGGCGAGAACCAACGCCGCUGUCUGGAUCGAACACAUGUGCCAUCGUGACGUCACGGGACUUCAUUACUCCGACGUGGGUCCCGACUUCCGCAAAUUGGAAUGCUUCAUGUUUUUCAAGUCGAAGGCUUACGUGGAAGUCAGAUUUUUCUUUUCGUUCCGUGCUGAAAUUGAGGUAACCAUUUACGGCCGAGCGGAGAGGGGUAACAAGAUUAUGCCGAAUCCAUUCGAAAAAUAUCCCACCACGAUCCCUUGGCGUCCCACCCAGGGCAAGCUGAACUGGUACAGAUGGAAGGAUGCCUCAAAGUGGGAGUGGCAUUUGUAA